GAAACAUCUUCCGCGGUUAAAGUUCAAGAACAUGGCGGCCUAAGUGAAGAUGCUCAAUGUUAUUUAGCCAUGCUGGAAUCUAUUACUUGUGCUAUAUUCAGGUUUUAACUGUAUAGACGUUUACCGUUAAUCAUAACUAUAGAUAAUCUUCAACAUGUUGCGGGCUUUAUCGAGGUGUCAUGAUCCUGUAGUCCGUCUUCUCGUUCCUCGCUCUACUGUUUUGGUCGAAACUGUCAGGGGAAGGAAAUCUCGCACAGACCCCAAAGCGAAGUCAAAAUUGGGCCGGAUCAAGACUCCCCCUCCCGUGGAUCCAGUGGAAAUGGUUGUACUAAAGGAGCGUUUCACUGAGUACAAUUUGAUCCUAAGAGCCCUGCGACUUGAGUUCAAGGAGCAGGUGUUGAGGAAGAAAUAUGAAGAUGAGGUUGGUUCUGCCGCAGAGGAGAGAGCUAAAAGGGAGGCUGAAGAGCAUCGGUCACUAAUGGCCUGGAAUGAUGCUGAAAACCUCAGAUUACGUAAAAUACGAGAGCAGCGUGUGCAGAAAGAGGCUGAGGAAGCAGAACUGAAAAGGAGAGAAGCAGUCCUCUUACGCCAGCAAGAGCUGGAGAAUUACAUUAAAGAGAAAGAAAGACAAAUUCUUCAACUACAGGAAGAGGCAAAAGACUUCAUCACACUGGAUAAUCUAGAUCAGCGGAUUGAAGAGGCUCUUGACAACCCGAAAAACUACAAUUUUGCAAUCGAUAAAGAAGGACGUGUUGUCAAACGGACUGCGUUUAAGUGAUAACACGAUUUGAAGAGCAAAAAUACCUAUGUAAAUAAAAUAUAUACUGUCAGUGUCAUGGUUUAAGCUGUUUGUUUGGAUAAAAAAAAGUUU